GACACAAAGUUUUUCAAUCCGUUUAUUAUAUUUUAAAGUCUUGCCAAGAUUAUUAUGCUCAUUCACAUCAUCGUUCUUCAUACACUGUCGACCAAUGUGCUAUCUUAUGGAAAUUUGAACGAGUUUUUGAACCAUUUCAGCUCACCUAAAAAGUAUUUUGGUCAUUUCAAAGAUAUUAGUCUUGGCGAAAAUUUUGGAAUUGGUGCUAGUGCAACUAUGGACGAGCAACAAAUGGCAUAUGAUGAUGCAAAAACGAAAAAUGAGCUUGUAAAAAUGUCUGAAAUUGAACAUAAUAUGGCGUAUUUCUUUCCAAGUGACAAUAUAUUAGAAUGGUAUUCUGCAAAAGAUCAUCACAGGGCGUUACCCGAUCCUUUUUCCUUGGCAGCAGAAAAUGAAAAACCUGCAUUUAAUGACAAUCUAGCAUUUCUAAGGCAUCCAAGGGUAGCUAAGUUCAUUAAGAGACUUGCUAGACCGGCUGAGUCUGAUCAUGAUGCACCCGGAAGAAAAAGCAAGCCUAAGGAAAACAUGGAUAAAAGUUGGCCAAAUGAUUCAGCCGGUAAAAAUGGUGAAGAUUUCAAAAACAAAGAUAUGAACAACAAAUGGGAUAAUGUAGAUACACCAGAAGAUAGUAAUUUGAAUGAUAAGAGUAUGAGAAACGGUAAAAAGGAUGAGAAUAAGAAAAUAAGUGGUAAACCGUUUGAUGACGAGUGGGAUGAUGAUAUUCAGCAAAAUAGACCUGUUAAAUCACCACAUAAUCGUUUACCGCGAAGAAGGACAUCAAGAAAAAAACCAAAACUACUAUCCGAAGUAAAUCGAGAUGGGAAAAAUGAUGAUCAGAGCGGCAAAGCAGUUUCACAUGCAAAGGAAACACACGGCAAAUUUCAGCCUGUCAAGUACAGCGUUAUCAAGUCGGUAAAAAAGGUAGAUCCUGCUGAAAGCGGCAGCACAAUAAUUUUACCAGAUGAUGCCAACUACGAUGAAAACUAUAAUGACGGCAACACGGCCAAUGUAGACAAAAAUAGGAACCCGCAUGGUAACAAUUCAGAUCAGAACAAACUAUUGAAGCGUAUAAAGCGCAGAUUGGAGUACGUAAACUGUCAACUAAUAAACAUCGGUCUAUGGUCGUUUAAACCUAUGAAAAAUUGUAAAAAGAAAGUCAAAUCACAGUUUAUGACCAUACGGCGUAGCCGUUCAAAUGCAAAGUCGAAGUAACAUCAGCUGUUAAUAAAGUGUAAAUUGG